AGUUUUUGAAUUUUCAGGAAAUGAUGAGAUGUUGCCAUUGUCACCUCGCCUUGCCUCUCCUUUGUCCACUUUUGCUAUAUCUUCUGAUGGGAUGCUUGUUGAAAGUGGGACCCGUUUCAUCUUCAUGGUAAAAGAUAUAGUGGAGCAACUAACACGCCUAGUCAUCUUACACUUUGGAGGAAAUAUUUUAACAAGAAUUCUAAAACUUUUUGAUCAAUACAUGGAUGAAAUCAUAAAAGCUUUACCUGAACCUUCUGAAGAUGACAGUUUAGUGGAGUUAAAAGAAGCGGUACCUUUUAAAGCUGAAACAGAUUCCCAACAACUCUCCCUUUUGGGAACUACAUUCACUAUUGCAGAAGAGCUGUUACCAAUGGUUAUGUCAAGAAUAUGGAGUGUUUUAAACAAAAGCAAGGAAGCAGGAAAUGACAAUACUGCUCCUCUAUUGAAUAGUGGGAUAGAUUAUAAGGACUGGAGGAAGCAGCUUCAGCAUUCACUGGAUAAGCUUAGAGAUCAUUUAUGUAGACAAUAUGUGUUGAAUUUUAUAUAUUCAAGAGAUGGGAAAACACACCCUGGUUAUUUAUGUGGUGAAGGUGAUGAUGUUAGUUGGAAUUCUGAUCCUUUGCCUUCUUUGCCCUUCUAGGCAUUAUUUGGGAAGCUACAAUAGUUAGCAACAGUUGCUGGAGAUGUGUUACUUGGGAAUGAAAAGAUACAGAGAGUGUUGCUUGCAAGGCAGACUGAAACUGUUGUGAUAUGGGUGAUGUCUAAUGAAGAGGAUUUUUGGGGUGUUUUAGAAAAUGAAGUGGCAAAACUUCAGCCACAAGGAUAACAA